AUGUCGAAUAAUCUAUGCGGAGGCGCGCAGAUGCCGUUUCGACCUGGCCGCGUUGAUGCGAUUGAAGCAGGAAAGACGACGGGCGUCCCAGCACCAGAGACGGAUCUAGAAGAGACGUUACUUUUCUUCGAGCGCGCGGGGUUCGACAAGGUGGAUGCUAUUGGGCUCACGGCUUGCGGUCACACUAUGGGCAGCGUACACCACGGCGGCUUCCCGGAGGCUGUAGACGAGAGCUUCGUCACGCCCAAUAACACGAAUGGCGGUAGUAACUUCGACGCUACACGCGGCGUCUUCGAUCCAAACGUCCUCGGCGAAUACUUGAACGGUACAGGGACCAAGGGAGGACCAUUGGUGAACUCUUACAACGACACGAUGAACUCCGAUAAACGACUUUACGAGAGCGAUAAAAACUCGACGAUGCGCACUCUCUUCGCGCAAGGAGCCGGGUUUCUUGCUACGUGUGCCGAUCUCAUGGGCCGAGCCAUCAACACCGUACCUAUUGGUGUUCAGCUCUCCGAGCCAAUUACUGUCAUGCCGGUCAAGCCUGUGAAUGUCACCUACGACUUCAGCGAGGACGGAAAGUUGAUCCUUUCGGGCAAGAUCAGAUUCCUCACACCGGCAGGCAGCUCAUCCCCGCGAUCACUGACUCUUCGCGUGAGCGACGACGAGUCAGAACUUGAACCAGAAGCCGAGACGGGAAGCUCAGUUUCUGGUCGCAGUGGUGAUGCAUACGGGACAACGACGUACUUCCCGUUCUCGCUUUCUGGACCCGCCAUUCAAAAUGCCACGUCUUUCUCCGUCCAGGCACCCGAAGUACCGGAACAGACUUUUCGGAUCGAUAGCCAGGCAUUCGUCGUUCCAAGCCUAACAGUUCUGAGCGGCACAGCACUCAACGCGACAAUUGCCCUGUGCACCAGGUUUAGGUCGUGUGAAGACUUAACCGUUCACAUUGCCGCGCCAUUAACACAGCAUGGAACGCUGGCGCCGAAAAUUAAUGGGAUGGAUGUGGUAGUGAGCAAGGCGAUAGAGGAAAAGAGGGUAUGUACACUUUGCCGGGGGCAGGUUAUCCUGAAAGAUGUCCCGUCUGGGCUAGUCACUGUCGAAGCCUUGUUGCACGGCAAAGUCGUAGAUACACUCUUAGUCAAUGGAGGGCAGGCCGGCUGGUAA